UGCAAACCACAGCGAUCUCCAUUCUGAAAUUAUUUAACCGAUCAGGACCGGAGAAGACGGAGCCAAUCGAGCAAUCGUGUUUUUUGCAAAAAAGAUCUCGCGCGAAGAUCCACGCCGUCGGCCACACGGCAACGGGGUCUACCUGAACCAGAACGUACGUGAGUCGUCCUCCCCUUUUCCCUACGCUUUCUUCGAUUCCACUCAUCAAGGCAAUCGUUCAGCAAACACGGAUUCUAGGGUUUCCUUGCCCGGAAAUUGGUCGCUGGAUCGAAUGCUAACUUUACCGAUCGGAUUGUCUUGUCAAGUUUCUAGCUUUUUAGUUUUGCAUGGAGGCAUGAAACGGAACUCCGAUGCAGAUUUUGGGCACGCAUUGACCGCGAUUUCCUGACUGUUUUGUGGUCAAGGGCCCAGUUUCGUUAGAUUGGAUCUGUUGAUUAUGUUGACUGGGUAGAUAAAGGUGUGAAUUUGUGGAAAUGAGUUUGCAUUACAUUGCGGUAUCAGCAGUCUGCUUGGCUCUGAGCGUCGCCGGGCUUCAAUGGUGGGUUCUCUCAUUCCUCUCGAGGAAUGGCCUCGGACUGGGAGAGGCAGGACGUGCUGUGGAUGUGCUCCUUGGGUCAAACGUCACCAUUGCUUUACUGGUUAAUCUAGCGGUUAAUGCAUAUAUUCUUCUAGUUCUGUGUCUCAAGAUGUUAUUCUUUAAACAAUUGUAUUCUUCAGAGUCUCGGAAACUGAUGGAACAGCUAAUUAACUACGUUAUAUACAAGGGAACUUUCCUUCCUUUGGUGGUACCACCUAAUCUUUCGCAAACUGUUUUAUGGUCAACUUGGUUGGUUGUUCUUUGUUCCCUUAAGAUGUUUCAAUCACUUGCUAAAGAUCGGCUUGAGCGCCUAAAUGCAUCGCCUACUUCAACACCCAUCAAAUAUUUCCAUGUCUUUUCUGCUCUAUUACUUGUGCUAGCUGCUGAUUUGUUUUGGCUAAGGCUGUGCAUGGUGGUAUAUACUUCUUUCAGAUCCAGUUUAUUUCUUCUGCUGUUUUUUGAGCCUUUCAGUAUAGCUUUUGAGACAUCACUGGCUAUCAUGGUACAUGGAUUUCACUUGAUUGAGGUAUGGCAUCGCCAUUCAGUUGAUGAUGGCACCGACAAUUUGGGUUCACAUGAUUUUUUGAAAUCUGCAGCAGGGUCUUUGGCAGAGUGGAAGGGGCAACUUCUACGAAAUUUUGGUUUUCUUCUAGACAUGAUGACUUUGUUGAUGGGAGUUGGUCAUUACGUGAUGAUAUGGUGGCUUCAUGGCAUGGCAUUUCACCUUGUGGAUGCGAUUCUUUUCCUAAACCUGCGUGCGAUAUUUAGUGCACUGGUUAAGAGGGUGAAGGGAUUCAUCAAGUUGAAGAAGGCCUUAAAUUCCCUUGAUGGAUCUCUUCCUGAUGCUACAACUGAAGAGCUAUCUGCAUUUGAUGAUGAAUGUGCAAUUUGUAGGGGACCAAUGGCCAGGGCUAAAAAACUAUCCUGCAAUCACCUCUUUCAUCUAGCAUGCUUAAGAUCUUGGCUGGAUCAAGGCUUGACUGAAGUGUAUUCCUGUCCUACAUGCCGGAGACCUUUGUUUGCUUCAAGUUCUCAAGGUCAAACAAAUUCCAAUGUUCAGCAAAUUCCAAUUGAUGGACAAAUUGCUGAACAAGUUAAUCUGAGGGAUGACUAUCGAAGAAUAUCAACUCGUGCAUCUCCUUCUUCUGCAUUUCCAAACCAGCAGAAUUUUUCUGAUACUUUGUGGAGAGUAAGCCUUGAUUCUAGCUGGGCGUCUCCUUGGUCAAAUUCCAGAAUGGAUGAUGCCAGCACAUCCAGUGCAAUUAGAUCUGUCGGGCUAACUGGAGUGCAAAUGAUGAUGAGGCAGUUAGCAUCUGUUAGUGAAAAUUAUGCCCAUAGGUCUUCUCCAGAUGCUUCAGCUUGGAACUUAUGGCCGAGUCUCCAUGCUUCAGGCUCCUCUCCUUCUCAACCUUCUCUGAAUCAUAACAGGAAUGUCUCUGGCCUUAGAUUUAGAAACACCACACCGCCUUCAGACCUGCUUGCCAUGGUAGAUAGAGUAAGAGAGGUUCUACCGCACAUGCCCGAUGAACUAAUUAUUCAGGAUCUAUUACGGACCAACAACAUCAAUAUUACCGUGAAUAAUCUUCUUAUGAUGUAAUCGUGAACGCUCACAAGUAGGUACAUAUAUUUGAGCUUUGUAUGUUUAUAUGCAGUUGAGAUAGGAUGGGCUUGCCUGUUAAUAGGUUCCUGAUUACACCUUAAUAAAAUUCUUUUUCUAAUCAUUUUACUCCUACCAUAUAUUUUCCUUUUAAGAUAUGUUUAUCUAUAAUCGGGCCAUGUAUAGUAUUGUUGUAGAGUCUUCGCCAAAUAUUUGAUACAUUGAAAAAUGUGCAGAAACAUUCUUGCCUUUAAUUAAAUACGUGUAAUUUGGUUGCAUUUGUGCUGAUUAUUAUUAUUAUUA